ACCAAUUUAUUAUCAGAAAGAAACGUUAUUUAAAUGGUAAAAGAAAAAGAGGACUCAAAUCUUGGGUGGUAUUGAAGAAGAAGAAGAACAGAGAGAGAGAGAGAGAGAGAGAGAGAUGGGGUGGGGAUGGGCGAUAUACGAGGGAGUGGUAGUGAUAGGGUCGCUGUUGCUGCUGGGAUGGGCAGGGCUUUGGUUCUUGAACCGAAGGCUGUACAAAGAGUACGAAGAGAAGCGCGUCUUAGUUCAGAUCAUCUUCAGCGUUGUUUUCGCCUUCUCUUGCAAUCUUCUCCAGCUCGUCCUCUUCGAGAUCAUCCCCAUUCUCUCCAAAGAGGCUCGUUGGUUGAACUGGAAGCUGGAUUUGUUCUGUUUGAUUCUGUUGCUCGUUUUUAUGCUGCCUUACUAUCACUGCUACUUGAUGCUGUGCAACAGCGGUGUAAGAAAAGAACGUGCUGCUCUUGGAGCUGUCUUGUUCUUGCUGGCAUUUCUUUAUGCCUUUUGGCGCAUGGGCAUUCACUUUCCUAUGCCUUCCCCUGAUAAAGGUUUCUUCACCAUUCCACAAUUGGUCAGUAGAAUUGGGGUUAUUGGUGUUACUGUCAUGGCUGUCUUGUCUGGUUUUGGAGCUGUAAAUUUGCCAUAUAGUUACUUAUCUCUUUUCAUCAGAGAGAUAGAAGAGUCAGAGAUCAGGGCCUUGGAGAGGCAGCUAAUGCAAUCAAUUGAGACAUGUAUCGCAAAGAAAAAGAAAAUCAUUCUUUGUCAAAUGGAGAUGGAGCGUAUUCAAGGAUCGGAAGAGAAAUUGAAGACUAAAUCUUUCUUUAAACGAAUUGUUGGCACUGUUGUUCGAUCUGUGCAAGACGACCAAAAGGAGCAAGAUAUUAAAAGCAUAGAAGCAGAAGUGCAAGCGUUGGAGGAGCUCUCAAAGCAGCUAUUCUUGGAAAUCUAUGAGCUUCGCCAACAAAAGGAGGCUGCUGCAUAUUCUCGAACUUGGAGGGGUCACAUGCAGAAUUUACUUGGCUAUGCAUGUUCAGUAUAUUGUGUGUAUAAAAUGAUUAAGUCUUUACAAAGUGUUGUUUUCAAGGAGGCUGGUUCAGUUGAUCCGGUGACGAUGACAAUUAGCAUAUUCUUGCAGUUCUUUGACAUUGGAAUUAAUGCAGCAUUAUUGUCACAGUACAUUUCACUUUUAUUCAUUGGAAUGUUGAUCGUAAUAUCAGUACGUGGAUUUUUGACAAAUCUAAUGAAGUUUUUCUUUGCAGUUUCCAGAGUUGGAAGUGGAUCUUCUAGCAACGUAGUACUGUUUCUGUCUGAAAUUAUGGGAAUGUAUUUUGUCUCCUCUAUUCUUUUGAUAAGGAAAAGCUUGGCAACUGAUUAUCGGAUCAUCAUAACAGAUGUGCUGGGUGGGGAUAUUCAAUUUGACUUCUACCACCGGUGGUUUGAUGCAAUUUUUGUGGCCAGUGCUUUCCUUUCUCUGCUUUUACUUUCUGCACAUUAUACAUCUCGCCAGGCUGACAAGCACCCUAUUGAUUAGUGUGGUUCAGUACCAAAAUUGUCGUGUGGCAGUUUUGGUAUAAAUUCUGUAGGCAUAUCCAAGUUUUGUUGAUGAGAGUGGUCUUGACAUCAAAUGAAAUAUACUUGUAAAAUGUUCCUUACAGUUUUUUAAUACCAGAAAAGGUUUAAAUAUAUCAGAGCUAUGGAGAAUAGAUUUUAAACACCUUGAGAAUUACUGUUUCCUUGACCAGAGGAUGAUACCGAAGUCUCUCUGGCAGGGAUUGCAAUGAAGAACACUGGAAAUGUAUAGGGAUUUAAACUUUUGUUUUUUUAUAUUAUUUGUUUUUUGGGUGGUUCUGCAUCUAUUGCGAUAUCCAGAAACUUGGAUCAGUAAUAUUGCUUGUGUAAUAUCCUCUUACAUUAAUUCAAUUGCAAAAAGCAACUAUUGUUUCUUUUUGAUGAUGA